GGCCUCGGCCCGCGGGGCGGGCGGGAGCGCGGAGCCAUCCGGGUCUCGUCUGCUCGGUGCUGGCAGAGGCAGUGCCCGCAGCGCUGCCGUCCCAAGGAGGGCGCUGGCGCGGGGGCGGGGGGAGCCGCCAUGCAUCUCCACCAGGUGCUCACCGGCGCUGUCAACCCCGGGGACAACUGCUACUCGGUGGGCAGCGUCGAGGAUAUCCCCUUCACGGCAUAUGGCUCUGGUUGUGACAUUGUUAUUCUGGCAAAUGACUUUGAAUGUGUGCAAAUUAUUCCUGGUGCUAAACAUGGAAACAUCCAGGUCAGUUGUGUGGAGUGCUCCCAACGACAAGGCAGGAUUGCAGCAUCAUAUGGAAAUGCUGUUUGCAUUUUUGAACCACUUGGUGUAAAUUCUCAUAAAAGAAAUUCUCAACUAAAGUGCCAGUGGCUUAAAACUGGGCAAUUCUUCCUCAGUUCUAUGACUUACAACCUGUCAUGGGAUCCUCAAGGUAACAGGCUGCUGACAGCAACUGACUUUUUGCAAUUGUGGGCCCCUCCAUCUAGUGAUGUUUUAGAAGAAGGUGAAGAUGAUGAUCCUGACCAUCCGAUCAAAGAUGAUAAAGUUCUACCAGUUCUAAAUGACUGGAAAUGUGUCUGGCAAUGCAAGACUGCAGUAUCAGUUCAUUUGAUGUCAUGGUCUCCUGAUGGUGAAUACUUUGCAACAGCUGGGAAGGAUGACUGCCUCUUAAAGGUUUGGUAUCCUAUGACUGGUUGGAAGUCAUCUCUUCUGCCCCAAGAAAAUGAAGAAAAGAAAAAAUGCUCAGGGGUUGUCCACUUCUCAUAUGUUUAUUUGGCGCAUCCUCGAGCAGUGACAGGAUUUUCAUGGCGUAACAUUAGCAAGUACAUGCCCAGGGGUUUGGUCUGUAAUGUGUUACUCACAUCAUGUCUUGAUGGCAUCUGUCGGCUGUGGGCAGAGACAUUGUUACCAGAAGAUACUCUUCUCGGUGAGCAGAUCUGUGAAACUAGCACUUCCAGCAUUAGCAGCACCAUCUCUCAGUCUGGAAAGCAGAAGGACAAAAUACAACAUGCACUAGAGACAAUUCACCAUUUGAAAAAUAUGAGAAAAGGACAGAGGAGAUCUUCAGUUCUUGUUACCCACACAGAUGUGUUGCCAGACCAACAAGGUACAACUCAUGAAGUUCAGCGUCAUAUUUCACACCAGGCAAAUGCACUUGGACACUUCCAUAUAGCAGCAAGCAUCAACCCUAAUACAGAUAUUCCAUCAGUCUUGGCUGGGACAGCUUUUAAUAUAGAUGAAGGAAAUGGAGGCUUUGUUGUUCACUGGUUGAAUAAUAAAGAAUUUCAUUUUACAUCUUCUAUUGAAGUAUUUAUGCAGCAUCUAAGAAAAAUUUCUGAACAACAACUAGAACAAGAUUUUGAUGUUGAGGUUGAAGAGGAAGAAGAAAUGGAAGAAAAAGAAAGAGGUUUACACAUGAAAUUAGAUCAUGACUUGUCUAUAGAUAGAGAAUCAGAGACGGGGACUGGAACAGGCUCUUCAGAACAUGAAGAUGGAGAAAGAGAAGGAAGCCCCAAAACAUCUCUACUAGCAGGUCCACGCAUGCCUCUGCCAACAGUUUUGUUAGAUCGGAAAAUUGAGUUGCUCCUAACUGAAUGGAAUAGAAAUCCAGAUAUGCUUUUUACUAUCCAUCCUGUUGAUGGCACCUUUUUGGUGUGGCAUGUGAAAUAUUUAGAUGAAUAUACUCCAGGCAUCUUUCGACAAGUUCAGGUUUCAUUUUCUUCUAGGAUUCCUGUUGCAUUUCCAUCAGGAGAUGCUAGUUCCCUUAGCAAAAAUAUUAUGAUGUAUGCUUGCCCUGUCUUUGUAAAAGAUAGCAGUAAUGCUGUACAUCAGAAGACAAUGGACUUUCCAGAUAAGACUCUAGUAGAUAAAGAACCAAGCUUUACCCAGGACUGUGCAAAUAUUAAUAUAAUUUCUCCCGUAGUAAUGAUGAUUUCCAAACAUGUAGAUGGCUCUCUGAAUCAAUGGGCAGUUACUUUUGCUGACAAAUCAGCUUUCACUACCGUGCUAACCGUAUCACAUAAAUUUAGGUACUGUGGUCACCGUUUUCAUCUCAAUGAUCUAGCUUGCCAUUCUGUUUUACCAUUACUGCUAACAUCUUCUCAUCAUAAUGCUCUAUUAACUCCUGAAUCAGACAGUUCCUGGGACUCUGACAGGAUAAACAGAAUGAUGGAUCCCAUCAAACGUGUGAAAGGUUCUUCUAGACAGCAACUUAAAAAUGCAGCAACGCGUACAUUCCAUGACCCAAAUGCCAUCUAUAGUGAGCUGAUUCUGUGGCGGGUAGACCCUAUAGGACCUUUAUCAUACACUGGAGGAGUAUCUGAACUGGCUCGAAUUAACUCACUUCAUACGUCUGCUUUCUCUAACGUAGCCUGGCUUCCAACCCUUAUUCCCAGCUAUUGCCUUGGUACAUACUGCAACUCUGCUAGUGCUUGCUUUGUUGCGUCUGAUGGCAAAAACCUGAGACUCUAUCAAGCCGUUGUAGAUGCACGUAAACUUCUAGAUGAAUUAUCUGACCCUGAAUCAUCGAAACUUAUUGGAGAAGUGUUUAAUAUUGUGAGCCAGCAAUCUACCGCUAGACCAGGAUGUAUUAUUGAACUUGAUGCAAUAACUAACAAAUGUGGCUCAAACACACAAUUGCUUCAUGUCUUUCAAGAAGACUUCAUUUUGGGAUACAAACCGCAUAAGGAAGAUGUGGAAGGGAAGGAAACUGAGAUAUUUUUCCAGCCAUCACAAGGAUAUCGUCCCCCACCUUUCUCAGAAAAGUUUUACCUAGUAGUAAUUGAAAAAGACAGUAAUGGCUGCUCUGUUCUUCAGAUGUGGCAUCUUCAUCUCAAAUCUGUGCAAGCCUGUUUAGCAAAACCAAAUGAAGCUACUUCAUCAGGGAGUAAGCUUAGUGUACCUGAGCAAAAGACUGUGGAUUCUUCCCCAGAUAUAUCACCUGGCAUAAGUCCUAUUCCACGGUCAUCAUCAAUUGCUAAUCUUCAGACUGCUAGUAAACUCAUUCUGAGCUCCAGACUUGUGUAUAGCCAACCUCUGGAUCUUCCUUUUGGUGUAGAAGUAAUAAGAGCAACUCCUUCAGCAGGUCACCUGAGUUCCUCAUCAAUAUACCCAGUCUGCCUUGCACCUUACUUGAUAGUAACAUCAUGUUCAGACAACAAAGUGCGAUUCUGGAGAUGUACUGUAGAGAAAGACCUAAACAGCAAAAAUGAAGAAAGGGAAACGUAUCAUUGGAGAAAAUGGCCUUUAAUGAACGAUGAAGGAGAAGACAACAGCAGUACAGUGAGCAUAGUAGGAAGGCCAGUUGCUGUAAGCUGUUCUUACACAGGACGUCUUGCAGUAGCAUACAAACAACCCAUACAGCAUAAUGGUUUUGUUUCCAAAGAAUUUUCCAUGCAUGUUUGUAUACUUGAAUGUGAGUCUACAGGAGGAUCAGAAUGGGUUUUGGAACAGACAAUUCAUCUAGACGAUUUAGUUAAGGUUGGAAGUGUACUGGAUUCAAGGGUCAGUGUAGACAGUAAUUUAUUUGUUUACAGUAAAUCAGAUGCUUUCUUGAAUAAAGAGAAAUACCUGGUGCCCAGUAUCAAACAUUUGGUGCAUUUGGACUGGGUAUCCAAAGAAGAUGGUUCACAUAUAUUGACAGUUGGAGUUGGUGCCAACAUCUUCAUGUAUGGAAGACUUUCGGGAAUUGUAACAGACCAAACUAGCAGCAAAGAGGGUGUAGCUGUCAUUACUUUACCACUAGGUGGUAGCAUCAAACAAGGUAUAAAGUCAAAAUGGGUGUUGCUUAGAUCGAUCGAUUUGGUGUCCUCUGUCGAUGGCACUCCCUCACUGCCAGUUUCUUUGUCCUGGGUGAGAGAUGGUAUACUGGUGGUGGGAAUGGACUGUGAAAUGCACGUUUAUGCCCAGUGGAAACACGCUGUCAAGUUUGGUGAUGGAGAAAGUGAUGUUUUCACUACUGAAGACUCAACAUCACAAGAUCCACUCAAAACGAGCUUGAUAGCAAAGAAGACCAGUGUAAUUGAAGGGGCAGGUAUUGUGGAUGAUGUUUUUGGCACUCCAACUGUUAUCCAGGAUGGUGGCCUUUUUGAAGCUGCUCACGUUCUUUCACCUACCCUACCCCAGUAUCAUCCAACCCAGUUACUAGAACUUAUGGAUCUGGGUAAAGUUCGCCGAGCCAAAGCCAUUCUAUCGCAUUUAGUUAAAUGUAUUGCAGGAGAAGUUGCAAUAGUUAAAGACACAGAAGCUGGAGAAGGAACUGGUCCUAAACGCCACCUUUCUCGAACCAUUAGUGUAAGUGGUAGUACUGCAAAGGAUACCAUCACAGCUGGAAAAGAUGGUACUCGAGACUACACAGAGAUAGACUCAAUUCCACCACUGCCACUGUAUGCACUGCUUGCUGCAGAUCAAGAUGUCACUUAUGUUUCUGAAGAAAGUUCUAAAAUACCUCAGGGCUCUGAAGAUCAUGCCAAGAGAAAAACUGACGAUCAAUACUCCGAUCUAUUCCAGAUUCAGCCUGUUACAACUGAAGACUUUCUUGAUUUUGAGCCUGAAAAGAGGGAGAGUAAAUCCAAAGUUAUUAAUCUGUCACAGUACGGUCCGACUUACUUUGGCCGAGAACAUGCUAGUGUCCUUUCAAGUCACUUGAUGCACUCCAGUCUGCCAGGCCUCACUCGACUGGAGCAGAUGUUCCUUGUAGCUUUGGCAGACACUGUGGCCAUGACAAGCACUGAACUAGAUGAGAACAGAGAUAAGACUUAUUCAGGAAGAGAUACUUUAGAUGAAUGUGGUUUACGAUAUUUAUUGGCCAUGCGCUUGCACACCUGCCUUCUGACAUCACUCCCACCUCUGUAUCGAGUUCAGCUGCUUCACCAAGGCCUGUCUACUUGCCAUUUUGCAUGGGCUUUUCAUUCUGAGGCUGAGGAGGAGUUGAUCAAUAUGAUUCCUGCUAUCCAGAAGGGAGACCCACAGUGGUCUGAAUUAAGAGCUAUGGGUAUUGGUUGGUGGGUCAGGAAUAUCAACACACUCCGAAGGUGCAUUGAGAAGGUUGCAAAAGCUUCAUUCCAGAGGAACAAUGAUGCCUUAGAUGCUGCACUUUUUUACCUUGCUAUGAAGAAAAAGGCAGUGGUGUGGGGUCUGUUUAGGUCCCAGCAUGAUGAAAAGAUGACAGCCUUUUUCAGCCACAACUUCAGUGAAGAUAGAUGGCGCAAAGCUGCUUUAAAAAAUGCUUUUGCUCUGUUGGGAAAACAACGCUUUGAACAAUCAGCUGCAUUUUUCUUGCUAGCAGGUUCACUGAAAGAUGCUAUAGAGGUAUGCCUUGAGAAAAUGGAAGACAUCCAGUUGGCUAUGGUUAUUGCUCGUUUAUAUGAAUCAGAGUUUGAAACCUCUGUCACAUACACCUCCAUUCUUUAUGAAAAGAUUUUGGGUUGCCAUAAGGAUGGAGGUGGGUUCAAAUGUACUAAACUGCAUUCUGAUCCAUUUCUGAGAAGCAUUGCAUACUGGAUAAUGAAAGAUUACACUAGAGCACUGGACACAUUAUUGGAACAAACGCCUAAAGAUGAUGAUGAUGAAAACCCAGUUAUCGUCAAGUCAUGCAAUCCUGUGGUAUUCAGUUUUUACAAUUAUCUUCGGACCCACCCUUUGCUCAUCCGAAGAUACUUCAGCUCACCAGAAGGGACUCUGGCCACCUUAGGUCUAAAAACUGAGAAAAGCUUUGUUGAUAAAAUUAAUCUUAUAGAAAGAAAAUUAUUUUUCACUACUGCAAAUGCUCACUUUAAAGUGGGCUGCCCUGUACUAGCUCUUGAAGUCCUUUCCAAAAUUCCAAAAGUAAGAAAGAAGUCUACUGUAGCUGCAGAGAAAGACUCAUCUAGUCCUCCAAUACAGGCUGGUGUUGCAGAUUCCAAAGCCAUAAAGGAUGGUCCUGGAAGUGGUGAUACAGACUGGUCAAAGCCAAUUUCAACUUCCUUUGCUUUGGAAAGCACUGUUGAAUCUUCAGCACAAUUUGACUGGAGUCAACCAGCAGUAAAAUUUGACGAUGAGCCUCUUACUCUUGAUUGGGGUGAAGACAAAAAUGGGUCAGAUGAAGAGGACAAGGAUGUUGGUAUAAUAAUGAAAAAGUCGAAAUCUGAUUCUAAGAAUGGAGAAGAUGAUGAGAGAACCUCAGACACCAACAUCCCACAAACACCACUUGGGGAGAUUUCUGAUGCAGAAGAAACUGAGGUUGAUGUUAUUGCUGAACAACUAAAGUUCAGAGCCUGUUUGAAGAUCCUUAUGACUGAACUGAGGACUUUGGCUACAGGUUAUGAAGUAGAUGGAGGAAAGCUCAGGUUUCAGCUUUACAACUGGCUUGAAAAAGAGAUUGCUGCUAUGCAUGAAAUAUGCAACCAUGAUGCCGGAGGAAAAGACUAUUGUAAAACAUAUACCAAAGUAAAUGGGGAUCUACUUGAUCAUGAUGAUAUUAUGGAUAAACCAGAUAUCGGUUCGUAUGAACGGCACCAGAUAGAAAGACGCAGGUUACAAGCAAAACGAGAACAUGCUGAACGACGGAAGUGGUGGCUGCAGAAGAACCAAGCUCUUUUAAGAGUUUUUCUAAGUUACUGCAGUCUUCAUGGGGCACAAGGUGGUGGUUUAGCAUCUGUAAGAAUGGAGCUCAAAUUCUUACUGCAAGAGUCGCAGCAGGAAACUACUGUAAAACAACUUCAGUCUCCACUUCCAUUACCCACAACGCUACCGUUGCUUUCUGCAAGCAUAGCAUCCACAAAAACUGUGAUAGCUAAUCCUGUGCUGUAUUUAAACAACCACAUUCAUGAUAUUCUUUACACUAUUGUGCAGAUGAAAUCACCCCCACAUCCUAAUGUUGAAGAUGUCAAGGUAUACACGCUUCAUUCUUUAGCAGCUUCACUCUCUGCAUCCAUCUACCAAGCACUAUGUGACAGCCACAGCUACAGCAGUCAAACAGAAGCAAAUCAGUUUACAGGGAUGGUUUAUCAAGGACUGCUUUUGAGUGAUCGACGCAGACUGAGGACAGAAAGCAUUGAAGAGCAUGCAACUCCAAACUCAUCUCCUGCUCAGUGGCCUGGUGUGAGUUCACUUAUAAAUCUCUUAAGUUCAGCUCAGGAUGAAGAUCAACCAAAGUUAAACAUCCUACUUUGUGAAGCUGUUGUAGCUGUCUACCUGAGUCUCCUUAUACAUGCCCUUGCAACCAAUUCAUGUAAUGAAUUAUUUCGACUGGCAGCCCAUCCUUUGAACAGUCGAAUGUGGGCUGCUGUUUUUGGUGGAGGAGUGAAACUUCUUGUAAAGCCUCGAAGGCAGUCAGAAAAUAUUCCAGCACCACCUCUUCCAUCAGAAGAAAUGGAUAAACAUCGCCGUCGGUUUAAUAUGAGAAUGCUGGUGCCAGGAAGACCAGUAAAAGAUAGCACUGUACCACCACCUGUGCCUGCCGAGAGACCCUCUUACAAAGAAAAGUUUAUCCCUCCAGAACUCAGCAUGUGGGACUACUUCAUGGCAAAGCCAUUUCUUCCUUUAUCAGACAGUGGUGUUAUAUAUGAUUCCGAUGAAAGCAUUCACAGUGAUGAGGAAGAGGAUGAUGCUUUCCUCUCUGAUGUACAAAUCCAGGAACACAAAGAUGCCAAUUCUUACAGCUGGGCUCUUCUGCAUCUGACAAUGGUAAAAUUAGUUCUGCACAAUGUUAAGAACUUCUUUCCCAUUGCUGGUCUGGAAUUCACUGAUCUGCCUGUAACAUCACCAUUGGGCAUUGCUGUAAUAAAAAAUUUGGAACACUGGGAACAGAUUCUUCAAGAUAGAAUGGACCAGUUUGAAGGCCCACCACCAAACUACAUCAAUACUUAUCCUAGUGACCUUGGUGUAAGUGCAGGACCAGCUAUUCUCCGCAAUAAAGCAAUGAUUGAACCUGAAAACACACCAUUUAAAUCAAAGGAUUAUUCAGCUCUUCCAGCAAAAAGGCUCUGGCAUUUUCUUGUGAAGCAAGAACUUCUUCAGGAGACUUUCAUAAGAUAUAUAUUUACAAAGAAAAGAAAGCAAAGUGAGUCUGUAGAAGAUCGUGUGGAGCAGGUCAAACAAAACUGCGUAGCAGAAGAUCACAAAAACAAGGUUGAAGCAGAUCUUGGCUACCCAGGAGGAAAAGCAAAAAUCAUUCACAAAGAAUCAGAUAUGAUAAUGGCAUUUGCAGUUAACAAGGCAAACAGCAAUGAAAUUGUUUUGGCAUCUACACAUGAUGUUCAAGAACUCGAUAUUUCAGCUCUACUGGCAGCUCAGUCCUUUAUAUGGAUUGGGGAAGAAUAUGACAGAGAGUCUAAAAGUUCUGAUGAUAUUGACUUUCGUGGUUCUACCACAACUCUAACUCAGUCAACUGCACCAUCAUUUGGAGUGAGUCAGAUACAACCGUCCGCAUCUAUGCCAUGGUUAGGCAGCGGUCAGACUAGCACUGGAGCUGGUGUGCUUAUUAAAAGAAAUCUGAAUAACGUCAAGAGAAUGGCUUCACAUCCAGUCCAUCAAUAUUAUCUUACAGGAGCACAGGAUGGAAGUGUUCGAAUGUUUGAGUGGACAAGGCCACAGCAAUUGGUGUGCUUCCGUCAGGCUGGCAAUGCCAGGGUUACAAGGAUGUAUUUCAAUUCCCAGGGUAAUAAGUGUGGUGUUGCCGAUGGUGAAGGAUUUCUAAGUAUUUGGCAAGUAAACCAAACCACCUCAAAUCCUAAGCCCUAUCUGAGUUGGCAGUGCCACAGUAAAACCACAAGUGACUUUGCAUUUAUAACCUCUUCAAGUCUAGUUGCUACAUCGGGACAGUCCAAUGAUAACAGAAACGUGUGCCUCUGGGACACUCUGGUUUCAUCUGCUAACAGUCUUAUACAUGCCUUUGCUUGUCAUGAUCACGGUGCCACAGUACUUCAGUACGCACCUAAACAUCAACUCCUGAUUUCUGGAGGUAGGAAGGGAUAUGUCUGCAUCUUUGACAUCAGACAGAGGCAAAUCCUUUACACCUUCCAAGCACAUGAAUCAGCUGUUAAGGCCCUUGCACUGGAUCCUUCUGAGGACUAUUUUGUUACAGGCUCAGCAGAAGGUAACAUGAAGGUGUGGAGACUGACUGGCUACAAUUUAAUUCAUUCCUUUAAAAAUGAACACGCUAAGCAGUCCAUUUUCAGAAACAUUGGUGCUGGUGUGACCCAGAUCGAAACUGUGCAAGGCAACCGUAUCUUCUCCUGUGGAGCAGAUGGCACGCUGAAAAUGAGGGUUCUUCCCAAUGCUUUCAAUGUACCUUCAGGCAUUUUUGACAUUCUGUAGUGUUACGUGAGCUAAUCUUGGUUUCAUAUAAUGUCCCUUUAGGUAGCUCAAAUCACAGUGAUACGCACUGUGGAAAGGAAGCCUGCUGUUUCCUUCCACAACAGUUACUGCAGCACUAAAUAAUACAGGGGAAAAGAUUUUUUAAAAAAGACUUGCAACAGGUAUAUUUUGAGUAUGCCCAUAACGAUCACUGGGGUGAAAAUGCAUGUACUGUAUUGUAAAAGCAAAGAAUUAAACCCGGCAUGGUCAGAGGUGGGUUAUUGCUCAGUAACCCCCAGGCUGCAUUUACUAAGUGUAGUGUAAAAUGCUGACAACUGUCAGUCACUUAAGCACUGUGGCUCUACAAGUCAGUAAGCAUUUCUGAUGUGAUUCUGGUUAUUUUUAUUCCAGUUUUCCCCACUAAUUGAAGCAUGUGUACAACUUCUCAUUGUAAAAUAGUUUAGUUUUACUUAAGGGUACUCAGUGUAUUUGAUUUUUUUUGCAAGAAAGUGUAAUGGAUGCAAAUGCCGUGGAACAUGUGCAAUCAAGAACGUACUGUGACACACGUAUCAUUUCUGCUGAGACUUUUUUCCCGGUUAGUAUUACUACAUGGUUGACACUGUAACUUGCACAUCAACACACUUUUAAAUGCAAUGUUUUUUUAAUUUGCACACUACUUUCCUUUCUUUCUGACAGCUACAUUUUCUAUUGGACACCUGCCUUUACUUUAGGAAUGUAUUGUAAGCACUAAAUGUCUGUAGUAAAGACAUCCAUGACUCUAGCCAGCUUUUAGGUUUGAAAUUCAUUUGUCUAGAAAAUAUGUCAUUAAAUGAAGCUGUUAAGAGAGUACCAAUGGAACAUAUAAUGCCACAUUUCAAAUGAAUGUCAGGCUUUAUGCAGCCAGCUAGUAAAUAGUGGAUAAAGCUGGUAAUUAAAUUAUUACCACAAUAUAUUGUAUAAACUAUGCAGAGGUCAAUAUUGUUUGCUUGUAAUAUAACUAGCUACUGUUGUCAGAUGUAUUUUUCUGUUGUAAACAAAAACCAUGUUCUUAAGAGACUGGAAAGGAUGUCUGCAUAUUUAAAUGUUAACAAACUGUCUUAUUCCUCCAAUGAAAACUUUGAUGUCUGUGCUGUAUUGUAAAAUAUACUAGAAUAAAGAGCACCUUUCUCCAAAGGUGAUUUUAAAUUGCAGGCUGUGAAGUAUGAGAAGUAUGAAAAACAAGAAGAGUAAAUGUUAUUGUUUAGUU